AUGGAUGCAGCGUACAGCUGGCAGAGUCAUCAGGUUGGAGUGCCUCCCCAUCCUCUGUUGCUCCGCUGCUUUGGGGAAUACGAGACCAGCCAGGAUGGGAAACAGCAGCCACCGGUGUUGGUCCUCGGUGCGCGAGAGUCCCACGCAACAGAUCCACCUGUCCGUGAUGCAGACUUGGUGGGUGUUUGCCUGGUGGUGCGUGCCAUGUCACGAACCUCGGCGCUGCCCGGGCCGCUUGUGCGGCUGGACCUCACCGGAGAGCUGAUAAGCUGCAGCGGUGUCAGAACCAUCGCGGCUGUUCUGCAGGUGAGUUCGAGCCUUUGUUCGGUGCUGCUGCGACGGACUCACGUCGGAGACGAUGGAGCAGCCGCACUGGGGGCAGCGCUAAGCUGCAGCAUGCUGCAAGAGCUUGACCUCGGCGAGAGCGCUGUUACCGAUGCCGGCGUGAGAUAUCUGGUGCGAGGCAUGCAGGUGCACGGGGCACCGCCAAGCUUCAAGAUCUUGCUGCUCGAUGGGAAUGCAAUUGGGGAUGCAGGUGCCAUCGAGGUCAUUACUUUAGUGGAAGAAGGUUCAUCGCUUUCAAUGCUCAGUCUUCACCCAGCCCUGCCACGCUUCCUCUCAAAGGAAGUGGAAGCUGCUCUGCAGGUGGCCUGUGAACUCAGCCGAGUAAACUUGGAGUACAAGGGACAUCCCGUCACUUUGGAUGCGCUUGCCAGUCCCAGGGCCAGGGCCGCCAGGGCCCUGGGACGCCCAGCAAAGGAAGGGCCCAGCGCCACGGCCAAUGAGUCGGGCAGCUCACGGCCGUUCAGGGACCCCAAGACGGCGGCUCCCCCGAAGCGAGCAGUGCCGGACGUGCGGAGUAGCGAGCACCUGGCUUCGUGGAUGGCGGCGACGGAGCGUGAGCUGCGGGAGCUAAAGUGGUUGCUGCGCUCCAGCUCCGCAAGGCUAGAUGGACAGCAUAAAAAGCUGGUGGCUGAACUGGAGAAGCUGCAAGCACAGCUGGAUAACUGGGCAGUGGGCAGUCCUCGCUCAGAGCCAUCAGAGGAAGCUCGGCUGGAUGUCUUGGAGGCGCGGUUCGAUGCGAUCGAACAGCUGGUUGGGAGAGAGCAGUCGGAGUGUGCACAGAUGUGGCAGCUGGUGGAGGUGGCGGCGGGGGCCGGAAGUGCCAGGAAGUGA